CCGCCAUGCUUCAAAUCAGCCAGAACCUCUACUUCCAUCAAAACUCUCACAUUUUCUCAUAAGAUUUCUCACUAGUUGUCCCGCAAACUGAAUGAAUCAAUAACUUCAUCAGCAAUGACCAACAAAUCUCAGCCAUAUUCAUGGACUCGACUGCUUCUCAACCAAUCCCUCAAAAACCCUACUAAAGCCCCUCUUUUAUCUUCCCGGAAAAUCUCAACUUUCCCGCAUUUUCCCACCAGCCAAACACCCCAAAUCCCUAUUCCACCAAAUACCCAACUCCCAAAUGCAUCCCAACGAAACCCCACCAAACCCAUUUUCUCAUUUUCCCGGAAAGUCUCAACUUUUGGUCUCUUUCGCACAAACCAAACGCCAAGAAGCCAUUUUUCCACUUAUUCCAGAGCCGCUCAAGAGCUGCUUGCGGAGCUUGAGCGCGAGAAGCAGAGAGAGAGAGAGGCGCGGAAGAAGGCUGGAUUGGAUACCAAAGAUAUUGAUGCAGAAGAUGAGGAGGAUUACAUGGGUGUGGGGCCUUUGAUAGAGAAGCUUGAGAAGGAGAAAUCGAAGAUCACUACGGACUUGAACUUGUAUGAAGAGCCCACAGAUUCGGAUAGUGAUGAAGAUGAUGAGAGGUUCUCAAGAGAUGCAGUGAAUAAGAGAUUUCAGUUGUUUGAGAAAAAGUUUAAAAGGCAUGAAGAGUUGCUUCAUGGCUUCGCUGAUGCUGAGACACUUGAUGAAGCUUUCAAGUGGAUGAACAAAAUUGACAAAUUUGAGCAAAAGCAUUUUGCUCUUCGCCCUGAAUACAGGGUCAUUGGUGACUUGAUGAAUCGUCUGAAAGUUGCUGAAGGCAAGGAUAAAUUCAUCCUUCAACAAAAGCUUAAUAGAGCUAUGAGGUUGGUGGAAUGGAAGGAAGCUUAUGAUCCAAAUAAUCCUGCCAAUUAUGGAGUAGUGCGUCACGAGCAGGUUGGUCCAGAUGUUGAGGCCCUUAACGAUUCUGGAUUUGAACAACAGAAGAGAAUGAUACAAGGUGGGGUUGAUGAAGAUGAGAUAGAGUUUGAUGACAUGAAAGAGAGAGACGAUAUGUUGCUAGAACAACUCAAUGCUAUUGACAAGAAACUUGAAGAGAAGCUAGCUGAGUUGGACCAUACAUUUGGAAAGAAAGGAAAGCUUCUAGAGGAAGAGAUUAGAGAUCUAGCAGAGGAGAGAAACUCUUUGACAGAGAAGAAAAGAAGACCUCUAUAUAGAAAAGGAUUUGAUGUUAAACUAAUAGAUGUUAAUAGAACUUGUAAAGUUACCAAGGGAGGGCAAGUGGUCAAAUACACUGUUAUGUUAGCUUGUGGGAACUAUCAUGGUGUUAUUGGGUUUGCCAAAGCCAAAGGCCCAAAAGUUCCUGUUGCUCUUCAGAAGGCAUAUGAGAAAUGCUUCCAAAAUCUCCACUAUGUGGAGCGACACGAGGAUCAUACAAUUGCGCAUGCGAUACAGACAGAAUACAAGAAAACUAAGGUGUAUUUGUGGCCUGCGCCAACUACAACGGGUAUGAAAGCCGGAAGAACUGUCCAAACAAUUCUGAAUUUAGCUGGAUUCAAAAAUGUGAAAUCUAAGGUUGUUGGCUCAAGGAAUCCACAUAAUACUGUUAAGGCACUAUUCAAAGCAUUGAAUGCUAUUGAAACUCCAAAGGAUGUGCAAGAGAAGUUUGGUCGGACUGUUGUGGAGAAGUACCUGCUAUGAUCAUUGUGCUUGAUACCUUUCCGUGUAAUUUUCCAAUAGAAAUUAUGAAUUGGUUGAGAAAAUGAAAAAUUUUUGCCUCAUUGUCAAUUUUUCUUCCGGUAAACAAGGUAGGCGUUUUUGCUACAACUGUUACGGUCUCAAAUUUGGUUCUGUUGACAGUUUUACCAAUAAAAUCAGUCACAAGGAAGCUUGUAGUUUAGGUUCUUCAGAAAA